AUGACGAACCGACGCCCUAGCGACGCCACUGAGCUUGCUGCAAAUACUGCACCUGCUGUGAAGCGUAAAAGACGAGCGUCGUGCUUGGGCGAGCAAGAGCGACGAGAACGCAAGCGUGCCGUCGACCGCGAAGCUCAGCGAUCGCUCAGAGAGAAGACGAAGACGCAUAUUGCCGAUUUAGAGCGAACAAUACGGAUUCUGAGAGAUCGAGACCGAAGCGGAGCGACAGCAAACUUACUUUCGGAAAUCGACAGUCUACGAGCGGAAAAUGAGCGGUUGCGAGUCAUUAUCGACAGUGUCAAGAACGUACUCCGAACCGACAUUGCUCCUCGAACGACCGCACCAACAGAACGCCCAACAACAAACGGAGGAGCCAUAGUAGCUUCGCCGUCUUCUUCCAGCAAUGGGCACCGAUUGCCCAACACGCAGACGGCAACCUUCACAGCCGACAGCAAACCGUCACUACCUGCCCCAACGGAGCUGCCAAAUUCGUAUGACUUCAAUGAGCGCACGUCAAGUACGACGUUGGUCGAUCUUGAUGGCAUGAACAUCAUGACUAGCGUACAUACUCCAGCUGCUCUUGAUCUCAGCCUCGCCCACACGCCAGUUGAAGAUUUACCUACAGACAAUGUCAUGGAAGUUCGAAGGAGGAGUCAAGUCGACAUGCAUGGUUGGGAAGACAACGCAGCAACAGCGUCAUGGGGCCCUUUUCUGCAAGAGUUCUUUGGCGACGGCUGGCGGUGCCCCUCUCCAAACAUCCUCCACAUCAGUGCCCCAGACUGCUCAGACUCCCCAACUUCAAGUAUUGUGUGUCCGAUCUGGAAGAAGAGCAACGAGCUCUUUGAGAAGAUAUACACUAGCUGUUCAGCACCAGGUGCCAGAUCUCUCACCGUAGCCAAUAGGAAAUUGUCCGUUCCUGCGGAAGCUGGACUUCUCUAUCUCGGUAUCAAAGAAGGCUGGGCGAACAUAUCUGACGAGUGGAUGCAGAGCCCCGUGCUCGUCAUCUUGCAGCAAGUCGACGAGUUUUUGUUCUGCCGUCUGCCUAGGAUGGAGAGGCUAGCUACUGCAUACAAGAGCUUCAAGCUGUUGAAGGUGCGUGUAAUCACGAGAUACUCCCGAGGGAUCGAAAUCCUGAUCCAUGACAGUACUACCUCCACAGCACCGCCGAACAACUCUCCAAAGUCCCCAAAUGGCUGCGCCCCAGCAUAACGCAAUCCUCAACUACCCACCCAAUCGCCGUCGACUUCUUCGCCUGGCCUACACUCCGUGACCGCCUCGUUUCCCAGCACUCGUCCAUCUUCCAGACCUCGACACUCUCCCACGUCUACAGUCGGUAUCUGCGCUUCGACUGGCCGUUUGCAUUUGAAGAUGCAUUCUUCUAUGAUGACGCGAGGGGAUGUUAUUCCCCCAGUCCGCUGUUCGAGAGGUACCAUGGUGAUCUGAGGCGCUGGAACGUGACAGAAGAUUUCUACGACAAGUUUCCGGACAUGAGAGGCGAUAUUGAGGGGGAUCGGAGGAGGUUUGGUGAGAGCUUGGGAGCGUGA